AAAAAAUCCAAUUAGAUUGAAUCUAUUGCUUUGUAGCAAAUCUUUGUACUAAAAGAGACAGUAGACAUCCUAAUUAUUUAUCAUUUUACUAGUUUUAUAAUACGUUUGAAGAGAAGAUCGAUAUAAUUGAAGCAGACAAUAUUUCAUUGUUUAUGUCACGGGGACUUUUCUGUGACUUCCUCGAAUUUCUUUUGUGUUAUAUUAAAAGCAUUAACUCAAGCAUUAAUUUCACUAUUUAAACGAGUGGGAUUCUCAGAAUUAAUUCAUUGAUUAUUAAUAUUUAUUCAAAUAUUUAUAAUUAUUUAUAAUUAUAUUAUAAAUUUAUAAUUAUUUAAACUCUCAAUAUCGAAAAAAUGCCGCAUGCAGGCUUAGUAACUAUAAUUCUUGGAGUCACUGUAGCUACAGUUUUAUAUUUUAUGUUUGGAAAUAAUAAACAAAGAAAUGAUCAAUAUUAUGAACAUGGUUAUGAGUCUUAUCCAGAACAAUCCAGCAUGUCAAGAGAUUCCGAUGAAUGUCCAAUAUGUUUACUUCCACUGGCAUAUAAAAUUAAUUAUAUUUUACAACCUUGUAGACAUAAAUUUCAUAAAAGAUGUAUUGAAAAAUGGGGACAUGAAGCUGAGUCUCAAGCAUUGUGUCCACUCUGCAGAUCUCCAUUUGCUCAAAUUAGAUAGAUUUACAUAAGACUGUCAAAUUUAAUAUAAAACAAAAAUUUAUUGAUUAAUACAAUAUUUUUUGUACUUUGUUGAAAUUAAGAUGUAUUUGUUAAACAUCAAAUUUUCAAAACUACAAAUAAAUUUUUAAUAGAUAGUUGUAUAAUUGUCUUGUAUAAUUAAGACAAAAAAAAAUUCUAUUGGAAAAGUAGAAUAAUUGAAAUGAAAAAAAAUUGAAAUGAAAAAAAAUAUUAUUUUCUAUAAAAACAUAUGCGAGAUGAAAGUUUUGUUACUUCUUUGUAUUGAUAACAAAAGAAUGACAGUAAAGUUUCUUGCCCUGUU